CUUGUGUUUCCUAACGAUCUCUCAACCGUUAUAAAUACCCUUUUCUUGUGUUAUGGUUUGUGAAUAAGUCCCUUAAGUCACUAGGAGGAAACUACAAGAGAGUCAUGAAAGGCCUUACCUUCUUCUUCACACCCUUUUUCUCAUUACUUCUCUGUCUUUUAUGCCUCACAUUUAAAACAGAAACUGAAGCUGCAUUGAGAAACGGUGAUGGGGUUUACAUCGUGUACAUGGGAUCAGCUUCCUCCGCAGCAAACGCAUAUAGAGCCCAAAUACUCAUAAACACCAUGUUUAAGAGGAGAGGAAGCGAUAUUGUCCACACAUAUAAACAUGGGUUCACUGGUUUCGCAGCUCGUUUGACAGCAGAAGAGGCUAAAGAAAUAGCCAAGAAACCAGGAGUGGUCUCUGUCUUUCCUGACCCAAACUACCAACUUCACACAACUCAUUCAUGGGACUUUCUCAAGUACCAAACAGCAGUAAAGAUCGAUUCAGGUCCACCUUCAUCAGCAUCUUCAGACGGAUCAUAUGAUAGCAUCAUCGGCGUUCUUGACACAGGGAUAUGGCCAGAAUCAGAGAGCUUCAAUGACAAAGACAUGGGUCCUAUUCCUUCUAGGUGGAAAGGUACAUGCAUGGAAGCAAAAGACUUCAACUCUUCUAACUGUAACAGAAAGAUAAUUGGAGCAAGAUUCUACAAGAACCCUGAUGAUGAUUCAGAGUACUUUACCACAAGGGAUGUGAUCGGUCACGGCUCUCAUGUGUCCUCAACCGCAGCCGGAUCAGCCGUGGAGAACGCUUCCUACUACGGUGUAGCUUCAGGGACAGCAAAAGGAGGUUCACCAAACGCUAGGAUCGCUAUGUACAAAGUAUGCAACCCCGGGGGAUGCACUGGUUCCUCUAUCUUAGCUGCUUUCGACGACGCGAUCGCGGACGGUGUCGAUGUUCUGUCGCUGUCUCUUGGAGCUCCAUCAUACGCUCGCAUAGAGCUGCACACUGAUCCUAUCGCCAUUGGAGCAUUUCAUGCGGUGGAGCAAGGGAUCGUGGUGGUCUGCUCUGCAGGUAACGAUGGGCCUGACGGUGGUACAGUUGUGAAUACUGCACCUUGGAUAAUGACUGUUGCAGCAAACACUAUUGACAGAGACUUAGAGUCUGAUGUUGUGCUCGGCGGUAACAAAGUCAUCAAGGGAGAAGGUAUACACUUUGGAAAUGUUAGUAAAUCUCCUGUGUAUCCUCUGAUUCAUGGCAAGUCUGCCAAAGACGCUGAUGCUUCAGAAGGAACAGCCAGGGCGUGUGAAUCUGGUUCUCUAGAUCAAGAGAAGGUGAAAGGGAAGAUUGUGAUAUGCGAGAACGUGGAUGGAUCAUACUACGCAUCAAACGCUAGGGACGAGGUGAAGAGCAAAGGAGGUAUCGGUUGCAUCUUUGUGGAUGACAAAACAAGAGCUGUUGCUAGCUAUUAUGGCUCUUUCCCUACGACCGUGGUUGACUCAAAGGAAGCAGCUGAGAUCUUCUCCUACCUCAACUCCACCAAAGAUCCUGUUGCAACAAUUCUUCCCACUGUAACAGUUGAGAAGUUCACACCUGCGCCUUCCACUGCGUAUUUCUCUUCCAGAGGUCCUUCAAGCCUCACAAGAAGCAUUCUCAAGCCUGACAUUACAGCACCAGGAGUGGCGAUACUCGCUGCUUGGACCGGAAAGGACUCAAGUAUUUCACUAGAAGGCAAGCCUCCUUCUCAGUUUAACGUCAUAUCAGGAACUUCAAUGGCGGCUCCUCACGCUACAGCUGUUGCAUCUCUCAUCAAAUCACAGCAUCCCACAUGGGGUCCAUCUGCUAUCAGAUCAGCAAUUAUGACAACAGGAAAUGAGAACAAGACAGUGAACAGGACAGUGACCAAUGUUGGUGGAGACGGUGUGGCUGUUUACACAGUCAGCGUGGAGACACCACCAGGGUUUAACAUCCAAGUGACGCCAGAGAAACUACAGUUUACAAAAGAUGGUGAGAAGUUGACAUAUCAGGUGAUAGUCUCUGCUGCUGCUGCUUCACUUAAGAAAGAUGUGUUUGGGGCUCUUACUUGGUCUAAUGCCAAUGGAAACAUAACACAAGAAUUAGAAGCAUUCUUGAAGUUGAGAGCAAUGACGAGAUGCUUCACUGUCACCUUCCUCUUGUUUACGUUUCUUCUUCUGUCUGUGAUCCAAAACUGUGAAUCUGAAGCAAGCAAGUCAGGAGAUUAUAUCAUAUACAUGGGAGCAGCCUCCUCAGAUAGCUCAACAGGCAAUGACCAUGUUGAGCUUAUGAGCUCAAUGUUAAAGCGGAGCGGCAAAACCCCCAGGCACAGAUACAAACAUGGAUUCUCUGGAUUCGCAGCCUAUUUAUCAGAAGAUGAAGCAAGCCUUAUGGCCAAACAACCAGGAGUUGUAUCUGUCUUUCCUGAUCAGAUGAUACCGCUCCACACAACUCGUUCAUGGGACUUCUUGGUUCAAGAAAGUUAUCAAAGAGAGGCUUACUUCACUGAAAUGAACAAUCAACCAGAAUUAGAUGUAGCAGUAGGAGACACCAUCAUCGGCUUCAUUGAUUCAGGAAUCUGGCCAGAGUCACAGAGCUUCGAUGACAGGCACAUGAGUCCGGUCCCAGAGAAAUGGAAGGGGACUUGCAUGAGAGGGAAGAAGACAAAUCCUGGUUCUUUCCGUUGCAAUAAGAAAAUAAUAGGAGCAAGGUACUACAACUCGUCAUUCCUCCUAGACCCUGAUUACGAGACACCAAGAGACUAUAUGGGACACGGCACACACGUGGCGUCGAUAGCAGCAGGGAGGAUCAUCUCUGAUGCAUCCUACUACGGCAUGGCAGGAGGAACCAUGAGAGGAGGAUCACCAACUUCAAGAAUAGCUAUGUACAGAGCCUGCUCAAUCUUGGGAUGCCGUGGCUCCAGCAUACUGGCUGCAUUCGACGACGCCAUCGCAGAUGGAGUCGAUGUUAUAUCCAUAUCGAUGGGACUAUGGCCAGACAAUUUGCUUGAAGAUCCUAUCUCCAUCGGUUCGUUUCAUGCCGUGGAAAGAGGGAUCACUGUUGUUUGCGCCGCGGGAAACUUUGGCCCUGCGAGUCAGUCCGUGGUUAAUGCAGCUCCAUGGAUGAUCACUGUUGCUGCUAGCACUAUCGACCGUGGCUUUGAGUCCAACGUUCUUCUUGGUGGAGGAAACAAAAGCAGAUUGAUCCAGGGGGUUGGAAUAAAUGUUGCCAACAUUGAUACAACUCAAGCUAACCAAAUUAUACAUGGAAGAUCAGCCAAGAAGAUUGAUGCUAAUGAGGAAGCUGCUAGAAACUGUGCGCCUGACACGAUGAACAGGACCAUCGUCGAAGGAAAGAUUGUUGUGUGCGACAAUGAUGUUGGUCAACAGGUGAUCCAAUGGAAAAGUGAAGAGGUUAAGAGACUUGGAGGUACAGGUAUGAUCAUUGUUGACGACAAGUCAAUGGAUCUGUCUUAUAUUGAUCCUUCGUUUCUAGUGACGAUUGUAAAACCAGUGGACGGACUAAGAAUCAUGUCCUACAUCAACUCAACAAGAGAACCAAUUGCAACGAUCAUGCCUACAAGAUCACGAACAGGACAUGACUUAGCACCAUCCAUACCAUCCUUCUCAUCAAGAGGUCCUUACUUACCAGAAGCCUUCUCAAGAGACCUGUUACUGUUACAGCCUGAUAUUGCAGCUCCAGGGGUGAACAUACUAGCAUCGUGGCUAAUCGGUGACUUGAAUGCAGCACCACAAGGCAAGCCACCACCACUCGUCAACAUCGAGUCAGGGACUUCAAUGUCAUGUCCCCAUGUCUCAGGGAUUGCUGCUCGUCUCAAAUCCGAAAACCCUUACUGGACUCCUGCAGCUAUCAGAUCUGCCAUCAUGACAACAGCCGUGCAAACGACCAACACAGGAUCCCAUAUAACUACAGAAACAGGUGACAAGGCCACACCUUAUGACUUUGGUGCUGGUCAGGUUACUGUAUUCGGGCCUUCGUCACCUGGACUGGUUUAUGAAACCGAUCAAACAGACUACCUGAGGUUUCUCUGCUACUAUGGCUUCACUUCAUAUCAGAUAAGAAGGAUGUCAAACCGCAUACCACAAGGUUUUGCUUGUCCUGAACAGAGCGACAAGGAAGACAUAUCUAAUAUCAACUACCCAUCAAUCUCAAUUUCCAACUUCAACGGAGAAGAAAGCAGAAGCGUGAUCAGAACAUUGACAAAUGUUGCAUCACGUCUCAUCGGAGACGAGGAUACUGUCUACACCGUGAGCAUCGAUGCGCCAAAAGGGUUACAAGUCAGUGUUACACCAAGGAGGCUACAUUUUAGGAGGAUAGGAGAUAAACUAAGCUACCAAGUGAUGUUUUCGUCAUCUACAUACACACUUCAAGAAGACGCGUUUGGAUCGAUCACAUGGUCUAAUGGAAUGUACAGAGUUAGGAGUCCGUUUGCUGUAACAAGCAAAGCUGAUGACAGCGAUCAAUGAUAAAAACCUAAUAGAGAGACCACAUAAAAGAAUUUGAUAACCAAAUAGAAUAAAGAGGAUCUUUAGCAGCAAGAACAGUUCUUAAAAUUGGUUCUUAGAAGAAACCAACAGAACUUGUUAGCAGAACAAUUGCAUUAGGUUUUUCUAGAUGAUAAUGACAAACUCCAAACCAAAAGGGAAAAGAAAGAGAAAAAAAAAAACCAAUCAAGAAACUCUCGAAUGUUAAACACAAUCUAAAAGAAGACUAGACUAGAGAUUAGAGUUCCAAGUCACUCGAAGGCCCAUGCGUUCUCCUUGCGAACCUCAGCUUCUUCCUCGGGUGUGUAGUCGUUGACGAUGUUGAAGUGCUUGCGCAUUUCCUCUGGAGUCUUGCCUCUCAUCAUAUCGGCGACGGUCUUGCACGUAAGGUCAAGAAGUCCAGGGAUGUUCAGAUAGUUAGCAGCCUGGAUGAUAUCAAAGAGCGUAGGCUGAUCGACUUUGACGAACUCUUCGUCCCAACUCUUGAGCUCGCUGUUUUCGGCGGUACCACUGAAAUCCUUGUCUCCAGCGUUUGCUUCGGCGGCUGCGUCGACGUGCUUCUUGCAGUACUCGAUAACCUUCGCGAGGAUGGCACUGGUGACGUUCGGAAGAGGAAUUCCGUUACCGGCGCAGUCGUCCUCCACCAUGUGCUUAAUCGUCUGGGACUCGAGCGCGACAGCUUCGUCGACCUCGAACGAUUCGCCGUCGGAGCUCUUGAGGACGAUCUUCUUCGACAUAGUUGAAAGUCUCAAAGACGAGUCAAGAGAGAAGAAUCGGCGUUUGCUUUGAAGCGUGUGAAUGAAUGAAUGACUCGAGGGUUGGGGAAUUGGUGCUUUAUUUAUAGACCUUAUUAAAAAACCAAAAAUCUUAAUUAUAGUUGAAAUUGGUUUCUUCCUUUUUUAACU